GCCGCCGCUCGCCUCCACACGUGCGCGUCUGUUCCCUCGGCCUCACACGCGCACGCGAGAGGUCGCGUGUGCGCGCACUCACACCUGUGCACGAUGUGGUGAGGUAGACCAGGGUGCCCGGAGCCUCGCGCUAGGACGACACAUGGCAUUUACUUGCAUUUUCGAUUUUUUUUCGUUUCUUCCCGCGCGAGUCGGACGUGUUUUUUGGAUGUAUAAUUUGGUAUAUUAAUUCUUAUGCGCGGUCUUUUUGAAUUUCCACUUAAAUCUAGGAUUAUUUGCGAGGGAGAAAAUAUGUCAAUAGUACUAGUACUAGGUGCCGUUCGAGACACCCAGGCUGCCACCGCUCCUGGCCACGCACAUGUGUGCGUGCCUGAGUGCGUGUGUGCUUGAGCGACGCGAUGGUAACCGACGGAGGACGACUACCUGUUCGGUUGGGCUGCGAUCAUCAGUGACACUCCGCGGCGGAGAUGAAGCGAGUCGAGUCGACAAGACGAAGCUGAGUGUACCCUCUGUACGAAAGAGCUCUUUUACCUGUGUGUGUGUGUGUGUGUGUGUGUGUGUGUGUGUGUGUGCGCGAACCGCACCUGCCGUCGGUUUCGGUUGAGUUUUCAAACGCGCGCCGGCCUUGCCAUUUUUUUGAAGACACGAGACGCGACAACAAUUCCGCGCAGAUUGACGUCAGGGCUCGGUGAUGCCGGUCGCGUGGAGGAGCACACUGAGUCGCGAGAGAGUGCGGCUCGCCCUCGGCUUCGAAUUGCGCAACGAUCGCGAGAGGAACAAUGCGGAUGAAUUUGAAGGAGAAAGGCGCCGCACGAGCCAUCUGCUUCCAGGUUGGCGCGUCGGCGCAGAGAGUGCGCCAGCUCGCGGACGGCGCUUCUUACCUACGAGAGAGAGAGAGAGAGAGAGAGAGAGACGCUGCUCGAGAUGGUUAACAAUAUUGAGCUUUAUCGCGAUGCUCGCCGUUGUAAUUUAUUCUAGCGAAAGUCAAGUCCCUUUAAUUCGAUAAACGCACGCUCGCUCGCUCGCUCGCUCGCUCGCUCGCUCGCGAACGCGAGAGAGACUGCCGUCACGCACGCACGUACAUCGAUCGCUACUCAUUAAUCGUCAACACGUGUUGCCGGUUUGGCGCGAUUUGCUCUUUUCGAGCAUUCCUCCCAGUCAUCUUAAUUUGCCGAUAACGUAUCAAGCCGGAGAACCGGAAUGACGUCGGUCAUGAAUACCGCGAGCGGAACAAGAUACAGUCGAUGCGAGCGAUGCGAAGUUAAUUUAUUAUCGACGACUAAUGAAAUAACGUCGUAGGAAGAUCGGCGAUUAAAUCGGCUUAAUUUGUAUGGAUGACCGUCACUCGUGGAUAAUUCAGCCGAAUGGAGCAGAAACGUCGGCGGAGCCGACGUCGUCCUGCGAAGGAAUCCGCACGUCCGGAAUAUGCGACCUGCAACUGUCCGGAACUGCGCGCGAACGACGACUCAGGGAAGUGUCGCAGGAUCGAUGCCGUUUAUACGAUAAACAAAUUGCGAGAACUCGUGUCGGAUCCCGUCAGCGGCGGUCACGUACCGCGGCUGUCGCAGCUGCUCUGCGAUUAUCUCCGUGAGAUCGGCGACGAGGGUUACGUAUCCUUUGAUUUGCGUUCUUCUGAGAAUCGCUCGGCUCGCAAAAUUCGCUGAGAUUCUUCGCCUACCCGUUAAACGGUGAAAAGAGAAGCGGAAAAGAGAACGCGGGGAGAGAACGCGCUGUUCUCUUCAUCAAAACGUAGGAUGGACGUUAGACCGUUGUAUAUCGAAGCUCGCAGCCCUCUUCCGCUUCACUUCCCACGAUCGUUCAGAGUAAGCGCGAUUCCUUAAAGACUCGCACCCGUUGCCGCAGCCGUUGAAACACCUGCCGGCCGUGAUGAGCGUGUUGGAGUUCCUCGCGUGGAAGUGCAGAACCGUCGACGAGUACCGAGCGCAUCUGGAUCGCAUGCUGCAGUUGUGCAGUCGACCGCCUUUGUUGGAGCGCUCUUCCGACACUCUGACCCGCUCCGUCAUAAUGGAGCACUAUUUCACGCUGCUGGGCUACCUUCUGACGAUCGUGCCGCGGGAAGAGCAGAUCCAGCGGAUCCGCGACGCCCUCGACAGCUUGUUAAUCGAGCGCGCGAGACCGGCCGCGAAUGUCGCGGCGGCGAGGUUGGACUUCCGCCUGCGAGCCAUGGAGAACUCCCGGUUGCCGGUCAUCGUCGCCGAAUUGCUGGAGGCGGCUACGCCGAAGGUCUACCCGAAGCUCCUGGAGCUGGCUUUCACGCUCGCCUCGGUCUCGCGUCAGUGCUGUGAGUAGUCGCC